AUGACGUCACGUUGUUACCAGGUCUUCACGUUGGGCGCCGCGGCUGGUGGUGGUGUUUCUGCUUUAGCCGCCGUUGCCAUAAAGAAGAAAAGAUUUGAUGCAGAAAGUUGCAAUAUUGAUAAACCCACGAGCAAUUCAUCUCCUCCAUCAAAUUCGGACAACGGUUUAUUGAACGAGUUUCUAUGGGGGAAGAAACUACUGAAGGAAAGAGUUGAGGUGCAGAAUGAAAAGAUAAAUUUUUUGGGUAGAAUUGUAGUUGCAUUUAUCAAUGGAAUUCACAGUACUGAUAUUGAAGUGAAGCCGGGGAAUAAUGAACCCUCUAUUGAUGCACAUAAAGCCCAUUUGAUGCAGGCCGUAAAAUCGAGCAUCCUCAAAAACAUCCUCGACGACAAAGCCCCGCCUAACGAGUCAAUAACAUUGUCCGAAAUGACCAACGAAGAGCUCCAAUGUCUCAUCGAGUUCCUGCUAUACAAAGGGAAUCUCCCGAAAGAGAUGGUCGAGAAACACUUGUACUUGUUGGCAAUGGCUGCAGACGAAUACGAUAUAGCGCCCCUCCGAAAGGUAUGUGAGCAUCACCUUAAGGAAUCCUUGAGCACUUCCAACGCGCUUGAUAUUUUAGAGAUAUCCAACACGUGUUCUUUCAAAUCAUUGAAAGAUGCCACAUUGGACUUCAUUGCUAAAAACUUCAAGGACAUCAUUUAUUCCAAGAGAUACGAUGAUUUCACGAUCGAUAAUCCGCAUUUGGCCGUGACGAUUACAAGGUUUAGGGCUUUACGAAGUUAA